CAGGACGCAGAGGAGGCUUGUGAUAAAUACAAGCUUAACAGUAUGGCAGCUAAUUUUCAGAGCCUAGAGGAGAUGAAGCUGUAUCGUGAGAUGGGAUUUAAUAAUUCUGCAGUACUAUCAGAGUGCUAUACAGGAGGCAGAAUACUGCAUUGGGUCCCAUACAAAGCUGACAACAAUAACAGCAAUAAGGUUUUAAAAGCUGAAGAGUUCUUUCAUGUUUACACUAAUCAAUCAUUAGCCAUAAACGCUUGGAGGGCUUCACAGCCUAAUGGAAAGGGCUCACAAUGUGUCAAGGUCUAUCUGAGUUUGGAGUCUGAUAAGAGUUGGUAUGAUUUUCCAUGUGAGGAUCCUGAUCUAGAAUGGGCAUCCUGUGUAGCCUGUAGUAUACCUUAUACAUUAGAAUCAUCUGUUCUUCUUACUUUAAGGAGACUGUGCCCUCGUUCUAUAUUUGAUACAGCAUAUCAGGUGAUAAAUGAUAAGGAUUCUGGAUACAUUAGCUACAUUGGAGACAAGGCAACUGUUAUCAAAUAUGAUUCAGAGCAACGACUGUGGAUUAUGAAAAAUGUUAACAAUCCUACUGCUAUGGCUGUUUCAAAUGCAGGCCUAGAAACUUUUGUAAUGGGAACACACAACUGGACUAUAAGGGAUGACAUUGAUUGCCCUGAGAAGGAGAUUACAACUCUCACGUUAUCGAGAUGCCUGAACGAGGAGUUUACCUGCAGUAACGGUUUAUGUAUCGAUAUCAAGAAACGAUGCAACAGCAGAACUGAUUGCAGAGAUAAGAGUGACGAAGUUGGUUGUCUAAGGAUCAACCCUGACAAGUCCUAUCAGAAAUAUAUAUCUCCACAACCUCAGGGAAACUCAUCAAAGAUUGUGAUCAAAGUGUCUGCAGACAUUAUGGACAUUCUAGAUAUAGACGAAAAGUCCUCCAUAUUCCAGAUUCAAUUCUAUCUCCAUUUCUCAUGGUAUGACAGCAGACUAACCUUCUUCGACCUACGUAAUGAUUCAGGACUAAAUACUCUCUCAAUCGAAGAAAAAGGACUAAUAUGGAUUCCUGUUUUAGUGUUUGAUAAUACUGAAAAUAAGGUAACGACCCUGGUUGAUGAUGAGGCAAGUAUAACUAUACAGAAGCAGGGGGACUACUAUUUGUCCGGACUUGAUGAGUAUUCAAAUAGAGAAUACUAUAGAGGAGAGGAGAACCCACUAACCUUGUCCAGAUUCUAUAACACUAGAUUUCUGUGUCAGUAUGAUCUUCAAUGGUAUCCGUUCGACAUUCAAAACUGUCAACUGCAGCUGACCAUGUUCGGCAAAUCAGGGGAUUUUGCUACCCUUGAGGCAGAAAUAAUAAAUUUCUUCGGGAAGAAGUCUAUAAAGGAGUUUGUUGUUGAGAGUUACUCAAUGAAAAUUUCAGAGAAUAAUGGACAAACGACGCUUAAGAUGAAUAUCAUAUUGGGACGAAAUCUACUACCCAUUGCUUUAAACACCUACCUUCCUUCAAUCCUGCUUAUCAUUAUCAGCUAUGUAACAAUUUUCUUCAAACCAUUCUUUUUUGAAGCAAUUGUUACUGUUAAUCUUACUACCUUGCUGGUCCUAGUUACUCUCUUUGUCAGCGUGAGUAGCAGUCUGCCCCCAACCUCGUACAUGAAGAUGGUGGACAUAUAUCUAAUCUUCUGUUUAAUCAUACCUUUUGCUGAAGUUCUUCUCAUCACUUACAUGGAUUAUCUGAGAAUGUCUACUGAAUCUCACCCGCAUCAAGAAUCUGAAAACGAAGAGAAGACCCAACGGACCAUUAACCACCAUGGACACGUAAUUAAAGUUAACGAUGAUGAUCAUGAUGUUACUGCUGCCAGCCCUGAACCCCUGUUUGUGAGAAGAAAUGAUGUACCAAGAUCUGUUGGAGAUAUUCUCAGGAAAUUUAGAAAGGUAAAUCCCUUGAAUCUCAUUGAACGCAAUGAACAGAUUGAAGUAGAAACCCUAGGAUCCCUGUAUUCCCACGCUAGAAAGAAGGGAACCCUCAUAACCUACUGUAAAAGGUUUGCAGUGUACGGGAUACCGGUUCUCAUCAUCAUGUUCCUAGCUCCGUACAUCAUCGUUGGGUUUCUUCACGUAAACCAAGCAAGAAAAGAAGCUGAACAACGGAACUAAAGUAUCUACAUGUCUAACCCAGAACUUCGGAGACACCGAAAGAACUUAUAAAAUGUUUUUUUCUGAACCUACUGAUAUUCUGAUAAUUUUGAA